AUGUGCAAGCAUCAUCUUUUGCUGCUUUUUGUGUCGGCAGUCGUCCUGAGCAGGGCUGAGCCGGAUGCUCCCGGCUGUGCAGAAGAAGACAAGUCGUUGAUGGUGCAGCUACAUCAGUUACAUCAGUUACAUGAGGAUCGAUCCUGCAAGCCAUCUGAUCUUGGCUGCCGUGCGCAAAAUCUGGCCUGCGAGCUUGCAAAUCGAAUCUUAGUUGAUUUUGCCCAGAACCCCUACAUCUUUCACGAGACUUAUGAGAGGCUGACAGAGCUCUGCGGCAAGCCAAAGCGCAUGGCGAAACCAAGCUACAAUUGGCUAGUGAACUCCUCCGCGGCAUGUGCCACGAAUGCGGAGGACUACAACAAGAAAAACCCAGCCACUCGCUGGCACUGGGCCGCAGCAAGGGCUGUAGCGAAAAGCACAGUUGAAUGGAUCGCAAACGUGACCGUGAAGAUCAAACCUUUCGUGGCGCAUUACGUGGAUGCAAAGCUGGAGCAAACGUUCCACGAGUUCUGGAACGCUGAGAUACAAGGCAUCCAGAACAUCCUGUUCGAUGCUAAACUAAAGGCUCUGGAUGACUCGAGAAGAUUUCCCAACGGCACCUUGAACUCAUCGCAGAAAGUCGUGGAUGCCAUGCACGCUGAAAUGAAUUUUGCCCAUGAGCUGAUGCUUGACAGAAUCCCUCAGUUCACCACUCCAAGCAAGACGUCAGGGGCUUACUUAUCCCAGUUCGCGGCGCUGCAUCUCACGGUGAUUGCCAACCUUUGGUCCAGUUAUCGUUUUCGGACGCCAGGGUCCCGCCACUCAUUCCAAUCCUUGCUGGGCUGCUACUCCAUGGCUGUGUUUAACCGUUCGGUGAUGGAGGCAAAAAAGCGAAUGGCCAAAGCUAAGAUUUGGACGACAACAGAACAUUGUAGUCAGACCAAUUGGCUUUGCCCAAAUCAAGAUGGAUGCGAUAAUGUGGGGCGCAUCCAUUGCGCGGAUGACUGGGAGGGGUGUCGCUACGAAUUGUCAGGGAGAACCACUGCCUGCAUCGGAAGCUGCUCUGUCGAUGUCUUCUGCCGUCCUUAUGAGGAAUAUGCAAAGGUGGAAAUGGAUUGCCACGUCCGAAGAAAUGGAACGAGAGACCAGAUGUACUGGUUCUGGAG